AUGUGUCUUUUGUGUCUUGGACGAGUCGAGUUGGCUCCCAUGGCCAGUGGUAGCUGUCUUGGCGGAGUUGCGCAAUAUUUGGUCAGUCAGAUGGCGCCCUUGUGGCUACUGCAGGUGGCGUACCUGGACCCCGGGAACUGGGCCACCGCCAUUGAAGGGGGCUCGAGAUUCGGAUAUCAACUGGUGUGGGUUGUGGUUGUUUCCAAUUUGAUAGCUAUAUUGCUACAAACACUGGCGGCAAGGCUAGGUUUAGUUACUGGUAAAGAUUUGGCUCAGGUCUGUCAUGAGCAGUACCCUAUGCCUGUGUGUGUGGUGCUGUGGAUGCUGUCAGAAAUCAGCAUCGUGGCUCUCGACCUGACAAUGGUUUUGGGUACAGCGAUUGGCUUGAACCUGCUGUUCAGGCUGCCCCUGCUACCUUGCAUUCUUAUUACCAGUCUCGAUGUUGUCCUCAUACUUUGGCUGGUCCCAAAGAGGGGCGCCAGAUGGUCUGAACUCCUGACCAUCAUACUGGUGGCUCUGGUGCUGCUCUGCUUUCUGGUGGAUGUGUUUCUCAGUGCGCCACCCAUCAACAAGGUUGUUGGCGGCCUUUGGCCAAGAAUCGAACCAGAUUCUUUGUACACUGCAGUCUCGCUUCUGGGUGCCAAUGUGAUGCCUCACAACUUCUACCUUCACAGUGCAUUGGUGAAGGGGCGACCACGAGAGGGACUGUCGGUGGAAUCCAUGUGCUGGUAUAAUUUCAUAGAUGUUACCUUUGCCAUUGGGGUGGCACUGCUCAUCAACCUGGCAGUUCUUGUGGUUUCAGCAGCAACAUUCCACUCUGCAGGCAUCGCGGUGGAGACCCUCCAAGAUGCUCACGACUUGAUGGAGCAGCUCCUCAGCAGCAGCAUUGCUCCAGCUGUGUUUGGGCUUGCUCUGAUGUUUGCUGGGCAGCUGUCAACUUUCACGGGCACGAUCUCUGGGCAGGUUGUGCUCCAGGGAUUUCUAGAUGUAGAGAUCAGCCCGUGGCUUCGGAGGCUGACAACAAGGACGGCAGCGAUUGUGCCUGCUGCAAUCAUCACACAGCUCUAUGGCGCCCAAGGAAUAUACAAGAUGUUGGUGGUUGCACAAAUUGUACUGGCCCUGCAGCUGCCUUUCACACUGGUCCCCCUGAUCAAGGCCACCUCAUCGUUGCGCCUCAUGGGGCGUUUUGCAAGUGGCCGAGUUCUUCAGAUGCUCUCCUGGGGAGCAACAGCACUCAUUUUCCUUGGGAACCUAAUGUUCCUUGUCAGCAUGCUGGUGUUGCCACAGCGGGAGGUCCGGUACAAUGUGCCUGACCCAGGGAACGAUUGGCCUGCUGGCAUCAACCUUUGGUUCGUUCAGGCGACAGGACUUGCGCGGGAGUCCCCUGUGCAGUUGGCUGCUUUCCUGUCCCUUGUGCUCCUGGCCAGCUCUGCAGGUGGCCUACUGCUUUGGAUGCUGGGCACACCCCUGAACCACUCGAAAGACACACACCUCCUGGACUGUUGCAGCGAUAGCGACUCCGAGGGGUUGGCCUUGGAGAAUGGGGAGGCUGGUGAAUUUGCUGGCAGCAGCCAGGUGGCUGUGGGUAGCGACGCUGAGGCGGUCAGUGCCCUUGUGGUCAAGGGCGCCCGGCAUGGUUGCUGGAGUGCAAGCAGCUGGGAGGAGGUGCUUCAGGACUUGAGGCCUUUGCUUCAGGAUAUAGCGAUCUUGCCGGACACUGCAGGUGCCCUUCCACUCAGUCUGACGCAAGACACCAUUCCUGACAGUUGGCCGAUGCUGCCCUCUCAGCCUUCCGCAUCAGAUGCUUUGAUGGCUGUGCACAGAGCCAAGGCAGCUGGGUGCAGCAACCAAGAACCCUGUAAAUCUCUUUCAAAUCUGCAUCCCCAGCUGGGAAGGAGCAUGCGGCGCCAAGCAGUCACGGCACUGGAUAACUUUUGGUCCAAAUUCUUCGACCUGCAUGGCAGACCCCUGUUCUCUUUCUCCCCCAACAGGGACACAAGUCCUCCAGGGACUGCUGAUUCGAAAUCGCAACAGCUGUCAACGACGUCCCAUUCAAGGGCGAAGAACCCGUUGUCUUCCAUAGCAAACGACCUGGCUGAGUGUCUGGGCGAGUUGCACCGCCUCGAGGGAGGGCAAGGGUUGUUUGAGGUCCAAGUUGGCACUGUUUGGGAGAAGAACGACCAGAUGGUGUCCCAACUGUGCUACAUGAUGGUGAAACAGUGUGAAAAUUUCCCUGAGUUGGGUGGCCACAGCAAGGCCACCGCUCUCACAGCCGGAGGGAGGCCUGCUGGGGCGAGUUGCUGGAAAUGUGGGUGCGAUGUUGAGUUUAUGGAAUCCGUGCAGCCGUGGUGCUGUCUUGGAAAAUGGGCCCAGGAGUGGGUGCUGUGUGAUCCCCGUGACCUGCUGUACGUUUUUGGACUGUGGUGCAUGGUCCGCCUGCUGGAGUUGUGCAAGAUGGAGCCCAGGCCAGAGCUGUGGGGCAGGUACGCUGCGGUCCUGAAUCGGUUGCAGUGGAUGCUGCCCACAAUGAUGAUGGAUGGCCAGUUUGGAUCCAACCAUAGCGGCCAGAGGGAGGCAGUGUUCCAGAUGCUCGACGAGGUUGAGUCCUCAGUGCAAUCCAAACGAGGACCUAAGGGGACGGCUGCUGGAGACGUGGCAUUUCCAAAGGGAAAGGAGAUCAUCAUGUCAGUCAUAAAAAGGUACAAUCGGGGCCUUAAACCAGGUGGGCAGCGGUCAAGCAGUAAUCGGCCAGAGAGGAGAGGAAGGUCGUCGGCUGUGGUGGAACACAGCCUGGCUGCCGUGCUGCUCAUGGCCUUCACUGUGGCAGCGCUGUCCUGCUCUGGAGGCAACGAAGUUAGGUCGGGCCAUAUGAUGUAG